AUGGGCAAGAACAAUAGCAGCCAUCUUUAUCUCGGAUCACAAAGAGACAAAGUCAUGCCUUUGGGAGCCACCCUUACUCUACUGUUGGCGUAUGGAGUCCUCUGUGUCAUAGCCAUAUUUGGAAAUGUGCUCGUGUGUUACGUUAUUCUGAAGAACAAACGCCUUCAUACCGCUACAAAUUUUUUCAUCGCAAACCUCGCCAUUAGUGACCUUCUAGUUGCGUUCAUCAACGUGCCUUUCAAUAUUUCUCGGAGUCUCCUGAAUGACUGGCCGUUUGGAGAAAUACCUUGCCACCUGGUCAACUACUCUUUAGUUCUCACCUGUUAUGUGUCAACGUACACCUUGACUUCCAUUGCGCUUGAUCGACACAGGGUUGUACUUAAACCUUUAUCACGUCGGAUGUCAAAGAAUCUUGCUAUAAGUAUUUUGGUGUUAAUUUGGCUAGUAGCCAUAUUUCUAUCUUUACCAUAUGGAAUGUAUAUGCGCGUAAUUAAAGUUCACUUUUUAAUUACCAAAGAGUUUCGGAGAUGUCGAUUUCAGAGCCCAAAACUAUUCCAUGAUUUCGAAAGAUUCCUUACAAUUACAACAUUUAUACUUCAGUAUUGCGUACCCUUCUCGUUGAUCUCAGUUGCGUAUGGUCGAAUUGUGAAGAGCCUGUGGGCACGAACACACGUCGGGGCAGUCACAGCUAACCAGCAACUGUCUCAAGCUCGCGCAAAGAGAAAAAGUAUUAAGCUUCUAAUAGCUGUCGUAAUUGUGUUUGCCAUCUGCUGGUUGCCUCUAAACAUGUACCAUCUUCUAACAGACCUACACCCGAGCCCAGACGUGUUUCAGUACAAUACAAUGGCGUUCUUUACGUGUCACUGGGUGGCCAUCAGUAGUACCUGCUACAAUCCAUUUGUGUACUGCUGGCUGAAUGAACAUUUUCGCGAGGAAGUGAAAGCAAGGUUUUCUUGUUUAAAUUUCUCGUACAGAAGAGCGAGAAAAUCAGCGAGCAGUUUCGCUCUUCACAAUGGGCUUGCCAAGAGUAAGUCCUACACCAGGUCUACCCCUAACUACUGCCAUAGUAGUAUUAAACGUGACACCAUUACCAUGGCGACAGACAUCAUCAAAGACCAAAUGGACAAUCUCGCUGAAUGUACAAAGUUCGACUGCAAAGAUAAUGACACAGUUGAUAACACUGCAGAGUCGGCAAGCAUAAUUUUUGCAGAUGAUGAAGACGAUGUCCAGAUUAACUACUCCGAGGAAGCUGAACAGGGUCUCAUAAUUCACCUGGAUCGUGAUACAGACCACAGUGUUGCCUUUCGUAACAGCAACAAACGGAAUUAA